GCUAAGUGGCGUGCCCUAGUUUACGCCCACACCUGUUGUGUUCUCGCGUGAACUUGUGUCCCACGUCAUCGCCCCCUACUAGGGGCCCUAGUAACAUCGGUGGCGUCUUGGAGAGAUAAAGCAACAAGAUGGGUUUGCUGUCAAUCCUUCGGAAGCUAAAGAGCACACCAGAUCAGGAGGUUCGGAUCUUGUUGCUGGGUUUGGAUAACGGGGGAAAGACCACUCUGCUGAAACAACUGGCCUCCGAGGACAUCAGUCACAUCACCCCCACACAGGGCUUCAACAUAAAGAGUGUUCAGUCUCAGGGUUUUAAGUUGAAUGUGUGGGACAUUGGGGGACAGAGGAAGAUCAGACCCUACUGGAGAAACUACUUUGAGAACACUGAUGUGCUGAUUUACGUCAUCGACAGUGCAGACAGAAAAAGAUUUGAGGAGACGGGGCAGGAGCUGGCUGAGCUGUUGGAUGAGGAGAAGCUGAGUGGGGUUCCAGUGCUGAUAUUUGCCAACAAGCAGGACCUGUUGACUGCAGCCCCAGCCUCUGAGAUCGCUGAGGGACUUAACCUGCACACCAUCCGGGACCGCGUCUGGCAGAUCCAGUCCUGCUCUGCCCUCACCGGGGAGGGGGUACAGGACGGAAUGAACUGGCUCUGCAAGAGUGUCAAUGCUAAGAAGAAGUAGCACAGAUGUCCGUUUUCACACACCCUGAGCCUUUGGGAGGACAGGGUGUACCUGUGAAUGUACACACUACAUCAACAUGGACUUGAAGAGAGUUUUUAACCGCCUGGCUGGCCUCUACACAUUGUUUACUAAACUACAACUCUCGCUAGAACUACAACUUCCAUGUUGCUCUUCAAAAUUGAGUGGGGGUACAAAGGGAACUCAUCCCAGGAGACCAGAGACGCCCCUCCCCGUCCUAACCAUCCCACCUCCACCCUGUCAAGACAUUCCACCCCAGCCUAACCAUCCCACCUCCACCCUGUCAAGACAUUCCACCUCAGCCUAACCAUCCCACCUCCACCCUGUCAAGACAUUCCACCUCAGCCUAACCAUCCCACCUCCACCCUUUCAAGACAUUCCACCCCAGCCUAACCAUCCCACCUCCACCCUGUCAAGACAUUCCACCCCAGCCUAACCAUCCCACCUCCAGCCUGUCAAGACACUCCACCUCAGCCUAACCUUCCCACCUCCACCCUGUCAAGACAUUCCACCUCAGCCUAACCAUCCCACCUCCACUCUGUCAAGACAUUCCACCCCAGCCUAACCAUCCCACCUCCACCCUUUCAAGACAUUCCACCUCAGCCUAACCAUCCCACCUCCACUCUGUCAAGACAUUCCACCCCAGCCUAACCAUCCCACCUCCACCCCUUCAAGACACUCCACCCCAGCCUAACCUUCCCACCUCCACCCCUUCAAGACACUCCACCCUAAGACAUUCCAGAUCUUGAUACUGUCCUUCACCACAAUAUUAGCCUAUUCACUCACUCUUUACAGGUUGCCCUGGAAACCCAGCUCUCUCUUCUCUCUCUCUCCUAGCUUGGGUGCCAGUCUCGUUAGCUUACAUUCCUCUCCUUGUACUCUGUGUCAUAUUCCAAAGCAUGACAGGACUGGAUUGAUAGCCAAAGAGACUGUUAUCCAGACUACCUUUCUCCCCCUCUCAUUCUUUCUCAUCACUCUCUCCCUCAUAUUCUACUUCAUUCAGUUGUUGUUUUUAAUUCCAUGACAAGCUCCUUUCUUUCUGCAGUUCUGUUUUGAAGUGAGGUAUAUUUUUGUAAUUCUUUAUUUAUGGUGAAGUAGAGGGUAAUAGCGUACUGUGAGAUGCUCGCAAACAACAGAAACAGUGUGUGGUUACUAGGACGACAGGGAAACAUUGAAUACUGUGCUUUACUCCCCUGUGUAAAGGGUUAGGGUUAGGGUUACGCGUGUUAAUAUGUAAAAAAAUAAAUAAAAUAUUCAAAAAUAAAUAAAUAAGAUAUAUAACAAGACAAAUAAACACACUUUAGGGCUAAUCUGAAAUGGCACCCUGUUACCUAAACAAUGAACUAGGUUCGGCCACAGCGCAUUUGAGUAGAGCUCUACACAGCGAAUAGUGUGCCAUUUCGGACAAAGCCUAUUCAAUCAAAUGGAAAAAAUAAAACAAUUUUGAUGAUCAAUUAAGCAAUAAAGCACGAAGGGGUGUGGUAUAUGGACAAUAUACCACUGCUUAGGGCUGUUCUUAGGCACGACGCAUCGCAGAGUAUUGGCCAUAUACCACAAACCCCCGAGGUGCCUUAUUGCUGUUAUAAACUGGUUACCAACGUGAUUAGAGCAGUAAAAAUACAUGUUUUGUCAUACCCGUGGUAUACAGUCUGAUAUACCAUGGCUGUCAGCCAAUCAGCAUUUAGGGCUCAAACCACCCCGUUUAUAAUUGUAUAUAACCCCUAUUCAUAUGUUAUGUGCAUAUAGUAGAGUGCGUAUUAGACCUGUACUAUGUAAUCUAUCAUAUCUGCAUAUGUCAUAGGUGUUGAUCGAUUUUAACAGGGUGUAUGACAAAGUUUUUCUCGUGUGAUGCAUUGUCUUUGGUUUUAGAGGGCAUUUUCACAAAAGGCUUUUUCCUUUUGAAUGUGAUCUGUCCAAGGAUUGAAGGUACGUGAAUAAAAUGUGAGGGGGAAAAAAGAGAGCAUUGUUUUCUGACCUGGCUGUAGAGUGGUAGUAUAAAGAGGCCUCAGCCAAAACACACAUAGUUCUGUGAGAUGUCCUGUGGAGGACUCCACCACUUUACCCCAAACAACACCGCCACCUGCCCAGACCCAUGUCAUUGCCAGUCCCUGGAGACCCCACACCAGAGCCCUCUCCAAAACACUAGUGCCACACACACGGCAGGUGGGGUCAGCUGAUUUUGACAUUUACAGGGCCCAGCUGGUCGGGCCCAUGAAUGGGCCUGCUCUCUCUGUGUGAGUGUGUGUUUGUCGUGGCUCGCAGCCUUUACAGUUAGCCUAACCACUCUACCACAUUUGACUCCUACAGGCCUAUGUUUAAGUACUAAAGUCAGACCAUAGCUGUUUUUUGGUUGGUUCAGGCCUGCUGCACAUAGUUGUGGGUGUGUCACAUCUGCUACAGGGGAGAGAGCACUGGCCAUAAAACACUGGCGUCCAGCUGUGUGUGAGCGAGAAAUGCAUUCUGAGGGCCUGUGGCUGUGGGACUAUAAAAUGUCUCUGCUCUUACAAAGACUCAUUGUGAAACUCUUCUUUCUCUCGCCUCCUCUCGAUUCCUACAUGGGCCACAGGCACUGUGUGAUUUUAUAUGCUGCUAACUGAAUGUGACUUUCCAUCAAAGUGUCUGAUAAAUGAGAUCUUUAUUGUUUGCUUAGAGACGUUAAUCAACAUGUCUUUAAAUCUCUGGGCACAGAGAGGCUACGUCCCAAAUAGCACCCGAUGUCCAACCCUAUGGGUUCUGGUCAAAAGUUGUGCACGACAAAGGGAAUAGAGUGCCAUUUGGGCACAGAGCCAGGGAGAAAUCUAAGGCCUGUUAUCUUCUACACAAGUCUGUUUGUGUUCUCUCAUUCAGAGCUUUCAAAGUUCUGUGGUUGUUUUAUCUGUGCAUAGAAGUCGUGUGUGUGUGUGUGUGUGUGUGUGUGUGUGUGUGUGUGUGGGCAACGCGAGGAGCCAGACGGGGGAGUGUGAUGCCUAUCUUUGUGAGGCGACAGGAUUGCUGCCUUUUUUCUCCUUGUGAUUCAGACAGCUGUUCGACAGCUGUGUGUGUUUGAGAGAAAGAGAGAAACCAAUCACCACGCUUCACACAGGCCCCUCCUUUCUCUUCAACUCACCAUGGCUGAGUUACUAUGAUGACAGAUGAGACAAGAAACAGAUUUCGUAUCCCGUCAACAGAUAGUAAAGAGGUGGGCGUUGCGCAGAAGGUGAAUACAUAAGAAUGUGCAUCACUUUAAAGUGUGUUAAGAUAAAUCAAACCAUACACUCAUUGUUUAGUGGUAAUACAGUCUUGGGGGUAAUGGAGUCUUGUGAGUGAAGACGUGUCCAUUGUCUUUCCCACCGGUCUCCUGGGCUUUUUGCUUCCUUUGUGUUUUUGGUAUGUUUUAAGUUGCAUGGUUGUGAAUAUGUUCCCGGGCCAGAGGCCACCCUGAAAAGGUGAACUUGUGAAAGAAACCAUGCCUUAAUUAAAUAAAUGUUUGAAAAUCA